AUGAGCAAGUCCUCCUCCAAGCCUAAGCAUAAAAGCAAGAGCAAGAGCAAAAGCACAACCAGCAGCAAGGGGCCUCCACUUUUCUAUGAGUUUGGCCGCAAAGCUAAAGGUUUUCUCUUUAAUUGUUCUCCAGAUUUCUGUGUUUUUCGUUUCUUGCAUCGCAAAAAUCCUGUUCCAGUUACUGGAACAUUAAGUAUGAAGUUUCUGUCAACCACAAAGACCGCAGCUUCAUUCAGCUUGCUGGAGUACAAAUCGGGCAAGUCCCCUGCAACCAACGUUUCAGCAACUGUCGAUAGUGCAAGCAUUGCCGUCGGUGUGGAGGCAGAAUACAAAACUGCUUCCAGCACUUUCUCCAAAUGUAGUGCAGGCAUUAGCAUGAAGAGUCUCAAUUCUGAUGCUUCAAUAAUUCUGGCAAACAAGGAAAAGAAGAGUGCAGCAGCGGUAGAGUUCACUAAGAACCACUCAAAAAAGAGAAGCACCUUGACAGUUGGAGGAUCGUGGGCGGUUGCUCAUCAAACAGUGGUCAAAGCUAGACUCGAUGUUCGCGGAGAUGUUAAGACUGUCCUGCAGUAUAGUAUUAGACCCAAGUCGUGCUUGUCUUUCCCGGGCGAGUUCAACGUCAAGGAACUUGAUAAGAUUCCUAAAGUUAGAAUGGCACUUUCUCUUGCUCUUUAA